AUGGCUCACUACUACCAGCACAAAUCAUCCGAGGAUCGCGGAAAAAUAUGUUUAGUUCUCGAUUUGGAUGAAACUUUAGUACAUAGUUCAUUCUUAGCUAUUCCUCAUGCAGAUUAUAGAUUUAACAUCGGUGUAGAACAGAAUCCGGUUGGUGUUUUCGUAUGUGUACGUCCAGGAGCCGAAAAAUUCUUGAGAGAAUUAGGAUCUCUUUACGAAAUUAUAAUUUUUACUGCUUCUUGCCAGGUUUAUGCAGAUCCUGUUAUCGAUUUCAUCGAUAAGGGCAGAGUUGUUAAAUAUAGACUUUAUCGUGAAGCUUGUACAGACUUCAAUGGCAGCUUUGUUAAAGAUUUGAGCCGCUUGAACAGACCAUUAGAGAAAAUUAUUAUUAUCGAUAACUCUAGCGUUGCUUAUUUGCUACAGCCAUAUAAUGCAAUUCCAAUUGGGUCAUGGUUUGAUGAUCCGACAGAUAAUGAGCUUUUUAUUAUACUAGAAAAACUCAAGCACCAUCAUCGUGCAAAGAAUAUUAACUCUAUUCUUUAUCCUGAAUAA